AAAGUUGAUUCGCAAGAUGAUUCGGCAGGAGAAGGGUCCAACACUCAGGAUGUCACACCGAAUUUUGUUAGCUCUUCUCGGCGUGGUUUUUACCUCUGGAACAGUUGCAGCCCAGACAAAGUACUAUGGUAAAUUGAUAGGCAACUUUAAAACCUACGUUCAUGGAGUACAAGGAACAGUGUACAUUGCAAAUGAAAACACAAUUUUUAUAAAGGAUUUUGAAUAUGACGGACAAGGCCCAGACGCCUUUUUCUGGGGAGACACAUUAGAGGAACCAACGACUGGUGGAUUCAUUAUUCCAAUUGAAAAUGGAACAACAGAGGAAGUUCUGAAACAAUACGAUGGCCAAGACUUAAUACUUACUCUGCCGGAUGGCAAACUAGUCAAAGACAUAAAAUCUUUGUCCGUGUGGUGUCGCCAGUAUUCUGUGAAUUUUGGAAGUAUCGUCAUACCCUCAGAUGAUCUACCCUAUCAAAAAAGUUUGGGUCCUCUACCAACUCUGGCUCAUGGCGUUCGAUCUGAAGACGUUAUCAUCUUAGAUUCUAAGACAAUAUUCAUUGUGAAUUUAUAUUACGAUGGCGCUGGACCAGAUGCCUUUUUCUUGGUUGGCAAAGGAGUUAAACCACACAGCAAAGGGCAGAAAGUUCCUGAUGAAAAUGGAAGCUUGGAAAAACUGCAUGGCUACAACGGUGAAAAUGUCACACUGGAAUUGCCUGGUGACUUGACUGUUUUUGAUGCCGACUGGUUUGCUCUUUAUUGUAUUCAAUUCGAACAGAAUUUCGGACAUGUAUAUUUUCCGGAACAAGCCAACAUUCCAGCCAAUAUCGAAGAUUUAAGAAUGACCAUUAAUAUGCCGAGUGAAGUAACCACGACCCAGGGCCGGGCCGCCGAUGGCCCCAUCAGUGCCCAGUACACCGAUGGCAGUUAUUAUGGCAAACCCAUUGCUGAUUUCAAAACCAAUGCACACGAUGUCAAAGGAACCGUCUUCGCAGCAUCGGAGAACACAUUCUUCAUUCUCGAUUUCUCUUACGAUGGAGAAGGUCCCGAUGCUUACUUUUGGGCAGGAACAACCGAAAAGCCUUCCCCCGAAGGCUUUAUUGUGCCUGAUGAGUUUGGAACGAAACAAGUAUUGGGAAAGUAUUCAAAUCAGAAUAUAGCUAUUACUCUGCCAGACGGUAAGAAAAUCUCGGAUAUCAAGUGGUUGAGCGUUUGGUGCAGAAAAUUUGCUGUGAACUUUGGUCACAUCAUGAUUCCAGAAGAUUUCGAAGCUCCCAGAGAAGCUGAUUUGGGAUCUUUGAGCUCACUGGCUCAUGGAGUUAAAUCUGGUAGCGUUAUUGUCAAAGAUAUCAAAACCAUCGCCAUUAAGAAUUUGUACUAUGACGGGGCUGGACCAGAUGCUUUCUUCCUCGUUGGUACUGGCAGUGAACCUCAUCCCGAGGGUACAAAGGUACCUGACGAAAAUGGGAGCUUAGAGAAACUCCACGGAUAUCAAGGUCAAGAUAUCGAGUUGAGGCUCCCUGGUGAACUAACUGUAUUUGAUAUCGAAUGGUUAGCCAUGUACUGCAUUGCCUUCAAACAGAAUUUCGGAGAUGUUAGGAUACCGAAGUAUCUCAAUGUUCCCGCUGAUUUAACUGCAUUAAAGGCUGAAGUUACGAAGGAAAUAAAAUUUGACAAUUGUGAAGAAUUAUUCCCAGGAAUUCUCCAUGUUAGCUGGAAGAUUUUAGGCCAAGAUCUCAUUCUGCAAUUGGCAGGGCGUGCAGACGAUAAUGAGUACAUUUCUUUUGGGCGAAGUGGCAGCGACAACAGGGCUGUCAUGAUUGGAGGAGACGUUGCUGUAGCCUAUUACGACGCUGAUGCUAAAGAAGCUCGUGUUGUUGACUAUUACCUUAGUGCAAAAUCACAGUGUUCUCAAGGCAGUGGUGCUUGUCCAGAUAUUAAAAUGAGGGGCGAAGAGAACACGGCACUGCUGAACUGGGAGAAAUCAGAUGGAAUCAUGAAGGUCACUUUCAAAAGGCCAUUAGGCUCUAGCGACGGCCAAGAUCUAUCCAUACCAGUUUCAAUCCCAGUUUCUGUGAUAGCCGCCAUUGGACCCCUUAACAGUCAGAAGGAAGUUGCCUUCCAUACCCAUUAUUAUACCAAAGAUGCUAAGAAAAUACACUUCGGUCGAAGCCCACCGCAGGAUCGGUGCAAUCCUUUUAUGUCUGCAACGACGAUGAAGCCCAAAUCUUGGCCUCCCACGCAAAUUGUCGAUGCCACUACGUUCCGAGCUCAGAUUGGACCUACGGGAGGGGACAAAGGAUAUACGGCAAUAACAGGUUCUCAAUCGUGGGGCAUUGCUUGGUGGAUCAAUGGACAAUUGAUUCCUGAAUUAACGGUUCGAAGAGGUGUCAAUUAUACUUUUAUAGUUGAAGGCGGCAACAAUCCGUCUAAUCCCGCCUCUUAUCAUCCAUUGUACAUCACAAACAAUCCUGAAGGUGGUGGUGGACAAUUCUUGGAUCAGUUAGGACUGCCAAACCACACUGUGUAUGCUGGAAUUGAAACUGACUCAAACCAGAGGAUGAUUCCAACUGGAGUGGGUAGGCUGUGUGAAUGGAAACAUAAAACAAUCGACAAAUCUGCAGAAGUUGAAACAUUUGAGGAAUACAAAAAGACACUGAUGCUGGACUGUAUGGACGGAAGUCCGGGCACUUUUUAUUGGGUACCGGAUGAAGCUACACCGGACCUCGUAUAUUAUCAGUGCUUCACUCACCGCAACCUUGGCUGGAAAAUCCAUGUUGUUGAUUCCGACGCCAAAGUUGCCGGCGCCAUGGAACACCUCAGCAACAACGAGCCAAAUUCUGCAGCAGCCACAACACUCUCAUACGUCCUGUUGUUCCUGGUCACAUGUAUCGCCAUCUUUUAAAGCGCCAUGUCAGCUUAUUCUCAACGAAUAAAAGCGCUUUGGAAUAAAAUUGUAAGCAACUCGACGAGCUUUCUUCUAAAUAUCAAAUGCCAACUAGUCUACAUUAUAUGGAAUUAAAUUACAUUAAAAUCAUCUUCAAAAAGAGUUAUAAGAACUGCAUUAAAUUUUAUUUUGCAUCUUUUUGUCAGUUAUGUCACUGAAAUAUUUGUUUUCAUAUUCCCGGUUAUCUAUGCUGUAUUAUUUAUCCAAACAAAAGUGUUAUCUGUCGGUUCUUUUUUAUAGAAUUAUUAUCUAAUUACAGUCAGAAACCCUGCUUAUAUUGGUAAUACUGGAUUAUCUCCGAGGUAAAAUAGGCAGCUGCCUAGAGGCCCCGCGGCUCUUUGGUAUCUGAAGCCUUGAGAUUUUUUGGCAGUAUUUUCAGAGUGUUUAAUUUUGUGAUUCCGUUUUUCUUUCACUGAACUUGCACUCCAUUUUAUCCAAAUUAAAAUAAUGAAUAAGGAAAUUUUUCUUAUGGUCUCAUUUUCCAUGACUGAGCUGUGUUAAAUACAUUUUGUAAUUUUUAUACUAUUUUCUUCCAAAUUAUUUUUAAAUUUAAUUUUUUUUUAUACUCGAGAUAGUAAAGUUCUCAUGAAAAUUACCCACAAUCAAACAUUAUCUUAUAUUUGUUAUUCAAAAGCUGCUGAAAAAAAGCAUUUAAUUGAAAUUAAUAAGAAAUAUCUGGUUUUGAAUGUUUGAGAGGGGACAGUAGGCCUCCAAAAUUUAUUUGUCUAAAUGCCUGAAUAGAGUUUAAUCCGGGCCUUUCCAUUAGAAAAAAAAAUAAACCUCUUUAACCAUUUAUUUUUUUAUUUCAUUUAGCCAUAUUUUCUUUCAUAUGAUUAUUUUAAGAUUUUCACUGAAAGCCAUUAAUAAAGUAAAGCAAUUUUUUUUUAUAAUUAUUAUCUAUAAAUCAGUUACAAAAUAAAGAAUAAUAAAAAGUGUGCCCAAAGAAGGGAUGAUUUUACCUUUGGAUGACCAUAAGCAAUCAUUAGAGACAUCACAGCAGUCCAUUAGAAAUUGAUAUGUACGUGAAACAUUCGCAAGGACAUUAUCACGAAAAACAAUAAAAACUAAAUAUGAAUUAUGUAUUUAAUUCUAAAUAUUUCGAGUUUGUUCAUGAAUUAUUGAUAAUUAAAAUAUAAGUUAAAUUAGAAUUUUUAAAAAAUAUAUUCGUUUUCGCUUUGUUAAAAUGCUAAAUUAUUAAAUACUUUUUAAAGCUCAUAUUUUUUAUUAUAUUUGUGUACAUUUGAAUCUGCAUAUGAAAGUUUGAGUAAUAUUGAUAAGGGAACUUUUAGGGACUUUUAAAAUAUUUUUGCUUCGGGGCACCUUUGUACCAUACCUGAUCAAAAGUUCUUGUUUCGUGAAACUUUUUUGCAUCCUCUUUUAUAUAUUUUAACUCUUUCUAGGGCCUUGGGAAGUAUGCUUCCCACCAAAUUUAUAAAUCUUUGUAUAAUAUUAUGUAGGUUGGCAUAAGUUCUGACAAAUUUUUUUAGAAAGACAGAAACUUAGAUGCUUUAGUUCUUUAUCUUACACAAAGUGACGUGUCUUGAUUUGUUACUUAAUUAUUAAAUAACCAAAUUAAUUAAUGAAUCAAAUUAAAUGUAUCUAAUAAGCUAAAUGAAUCUCUUUUCUUAUUCGGAUUUCAAACCUAAAAAUAUUUUAACAUAAUAUGACUAGAAAAAAAUGGCCCUUUAAAGGGUUAACUGCUAAAAUGUAUUAAUAAACAAUUUACGGUUCUAGAUAAUUAUACAUUUUUCAUUCUUAUUUUGAAAAAUUUAAAUUGAUGUAAAUUUCUAAAUUGAAUGGAGCACAAUAUAUUAUAUUUAAAAUUGAAAGCAUAAAAAUUGCAGCAUUAAUAUUUGUAAUACCAAAUUCUUAUUAAAUCCAAUAUACAGGAAAAAAUUUAAAAUGUUUAAUAAAAUAUAGCUCUUCUGACGCAAUUUAUUUUAAGCUGUACUGAUAAAUUACUUUAAAACUAAUUCCAUCAAUAGCUGAUAGUUGAAUAAUUAGUAAUUUUAUAGCCGUUUACAAUAGUUUAUUUUCAAUGCACAUGUUUUAUUCAAAGGCGCUUUUAUAGGUACAGAUUGUCCAUAUUUUUUUUAUUUAUUACACUCCAUGUUUUGUCGAUGUCCAUUUUGUAAUCAUUUUGCCCAAUAUUGUAUUAGAUAUAUGUUAUGUACCUAUAUAAACAUUACCUCUCUUAUAUUUUGUAUAUUUUUUAAAUAUUGGAAUCUAGUUAUGCGUCUUUAAAAAAAUCAUUAUUAUCCGUCCAUUUUGACCGUGUCUCAACAAUAAUUUCAUAAUUAAACAGUUAUUUCAACAUAAUCUUUAUCGAUAAAGUUUCAUUUGUAUAUCUUGC